GCUUUUCUCAUUUUCAGGCAACAUUAGGACUGUGCGAUCUGUUGACAUUGGGUCGUGUUUUUAAAUCUUGCUGGCAGUAACGCUGUGAGAACGGAUCAGCCUCACUCAAAGGAAGUUUCUGAGAUGGAAGCAGCUCACAUCAGCCCAGAGCUUCCUAUUCGAUGGGUUGUUUCUGCAGACAGGACUGUUGAGAUCAAGGAGGAAGUGACUGAGCUGGGGUGUGACCAGGCCAAUGAGCGGAUCUUGCAGGAGGAAACGCCACCUUCUAGCAUCACUGAGAGAGACGACUCCACUCCAGCACCCAACUGCAAAACCUCUUCUGGUGGGCAACUGCAGAGCAGGAAACGCAGAAAGACGACAAGUGAAGAAGAACUGAGAGCAGAGAGCGAAACCGGCCGGUACGCGCGUGUCGACGAUUCUGCACCCCUGUGCUCGCCUCGGAGCUCGCCUCGUUCUGUUAAACGAGGGAGCAGUUCCCCUCCUUCAGGUUCCCGUCGAGCCCCCAAGCGACCCCUCGCGAGAGGGGCUCCGUUUCCCUGCAGCGAAUGCGGGAAGACGUUCACUCAGCUGAGCUCCCUUAAAACUCACUCCCGGAUUCACACGGGAGGCAUCGAGUUCCCCUGCGCGGACUGCGCGAAAAUUUUCAAGCACUUGCAUUCGCUCAAAAUCCACCAGCGCACUCACACAGGAGCGAAGCCUUACCCGUGCAGCGAAUGCGGGAAGAGAUUCAAUCAGUCGGGAAGUCUUACAAAACACGAGCGGAUUCACACAGGGGAGAGACCGUAUCACUGUAGUGACUGCGGGAAGAGCUUCAGUCAGCUGGGUCACCUGAAUGUACACAGACAGGCUCAUACGGGGGUGAAGAUGUUUCAGUGCGGCGAGUGUGGGAAGAGAUUCAGUCACAUGAGGUAUCUCGGGGUACACCAGCGGAUUCACACGGGAGAGAAACCCUAUCACUGCACUAAAUGUGGGAAGAGCUUCACGCAUUCAAAUUCCUUGAAAAUCCACGAGCGUGCCCACGCAGGACAGACCCGCUAUAUCUGUGACGAGUGUGGAAAGAGCUUCAGUCAGUUCAGGCAUCUUACUGUCCACCAGCGGAUCCACACUGGAGAGAAACCCUACCAGUGCCCGGACUGCGGGAAGAGGUUCCGCCAUUCCGGAGUGCUGAAAAAACACCAGCGGAUUCACACGGGAGAGAAACCCUAUCACUGUACCGAGUGCGGGAAGAGAUUCAGCCGGCUGGACAACCUGAAGCUGCACCAGAUGAUUCAUACAGGAGAGAAACCGUUUGGGUGUUCGGAAUGCAGGAAGAGUUUCAGAGAGGCGAAAAAACUGAAGAAACACCAACAGGUCCACAGAGCGAGGGUCAGUUAGGAGACUUGGGAGCGAGGCGGGUUUACUGAACGCUGAACGACUAGUCCCAUUUCUUUUAGCCCCAUUGAUAGUCCAGCUCCAAAUCUGCUAGGAAUUGUGACCAUAUAUAAAAAUCAACACAGUCAAAUUUGCUUUAAAUUUCCGUAUGUACCUCUCUGAUAAAACUGGUUCCGCUAUUCAAGCUCAGUGUUGAAUGAGGCUUCAGUUUACUUCAAUCAGUAUCCACAGCUGUUCAAAAACGCAGAAAAUAAUAACAGUCGCCCCUAAAGAUCGGAUCAACGAGUCCAUGAUAAUGUCCUGUUCUGUAUUUCAUUAACAAUAACUGUGAUGUUGUUGAAGCCGGCACCCUGGGAUCCUUCAAGAAGCUGCUUGAUGAGAUUCUGGGAUCAAUAAGCUACUAACAACCAAACGAGCAAGAUGGGCCGAAUGGGGCCUCCUCUCGUUUGGAAACUUUCUUAUGUUCUUAUGAUGUAUAACAGGAAGCGCUAAACAUAAACUGAAUGAAACGAAACGGAAAACAGCAGCAAACCUGGGAUUCAGUUCCGUGCUCAACGCCAGCGCGUCUCGGACAGUCUGGCACGGAUGACGAAGACUUGAACUAACGUGAAUUUUUUAUUUUACAACCCGGAACUAUUUGUAAUAUUUGAAGUUAAAAAAAAAAUUGUUUUAUUGAUCAAUGGCACUGGUAAGCUUGUAACUUGCUUAAAAUCUAAAAGUGUAAAAAAAUGGUAUUUUCCCUGUAAUAUUUGUUAUAUUUCAAUGCCUCUUAUUGUUAUUGUUAAUGUUAUUCUAUAGCUGUAUGUUUAGUAAUCUUACAAGAGAUUAUAGCAGCAGUGUGGAGUAGUGGUUAGGGCUCUGGACUCUUGACCGGAGGGUCGUGGGUUCAAUCCCAGGUGGGGGACACUGCUGUUGUACCCUUGAGCAAGGUACUUUACCUAGAUUGCUCCAGUAAAAACCCAACUGUAUAAAUGGGGAAUUGUAUGUAAAAAUAAUGUGAUAUCUUGUAACAAUUGUAAGUUGUCUUGGAUA